UUGGCUGUUGCCUCUAGGUUGGUGUUAGCCGUAGCAAUGGACACAUGCUUAUUAUUACGAUUUGCUUUGCAUUACGAUGAUUAUGACGCACUAUGCAGGCGUUUCUCUCGUAGCAGUAAUUGUAACUUCGUGUCACGAAGGGCUAACAACGACAUCGCGACAACAUUUCAUUGAACUUUGGUGUCCAAAGAAAAUUUCUACGCGCGCUUUCUGCACAUUUUCCGAAACGUAAUGCUGCGAUAUUCUGCAGUGGCAAGCUUACCUGAUUUUUGCGAUUUCAAGCUUUAUUUACGUCCUUCUUUGCCUGACUUCCCUAAAGUUCCAUUGUGAAACCACGCUCGGAAAUUUUCCGUUAUCAUGUCUUGGAACUUAAUUCCACCAUCCUCGGAUUCGGUAAAUCGCGCUGGCAUCGCGAAGAUCAGUGAUGGAAUGCGGCACGUAUUAGCCAGUGCCGAUUUGAGCGAUGUCCAGUUCGCAGUCGGACAAGACUAUGGUGCAUCGAAGACGUUUUUAGCGCACAGACUCAUCCUGAGUAGCCGCAGCGAUGUGUUCGACACCAUGUUCUACGGAAGCGUGCCAGAGAACUGUGCAGAUCCCAUCGACAUCCCGGACAUUCACCCAGAAGCGUUCGCUAAUAUGCUCAGUUACAUCUACACCGAUGCCGUGAAGAACUUCACCUGGGAAAACGUCUUCCACAUAAUGAGCUGCGCGGACAAGUACGACCUACCCUUGCUGGUGGCUAGCUGCGCCAACUUUAUUCAGAAGAAACUCGAUUACUACAAAGCUGCGUUUUCUAUUUCACAUACACAUUCACCUUCGUUGCUGUGCAUAGCCACCCCAGCUUUACACAGUGGUCACCCGUACAACCCGUAACAUAUAGAUAUCAGAG